CACAGCACACACAAAGCACUUAUUUGGCGCCUCGGUCGGAUGAGAGGAGAAAUUCGGCAGCACAGCGCCGUUACAAUUUGCAAUGGCUGCAGCUUUGUCCCGUGCUCUCAAAUUGCCUGGGAAGAAGGGCUCGGAGCUUGGAGAGUAUGACCCCCUCACUCAGGCCGACAGUGAGGACGAGAGCGAGGAGGACGACCUGGUCCUCAACUAUCCCCGCAAUGGCCUGGGGAGGGGCAACUGCAUGGGCGCAGGUACAUCAGAGCUGAGAGGGAGCAGAACAGGGAGGCUCGUAGGGGAUGAAGAGGAGGGAGAGGAGGAAGAGGAGGACGACGAUGAGUGGAGAGAACGGCUCCCGGGAAAAAAGAGGCAGGAGAGAGAGGAGAAGGGCAUGCAGUACUGGAGCCAGAGGGAGACAAACAGGGAUGGGGGAGUAGAGGAGGAAGGGGGGCUUGGGGCCUCUGGUGGCCCUGGAUUGGGUGUCAGUGCCAGUGCUGACCCAGACGGGAAGAAGGCUAAGGUGAGGGGAGCCAUCCGGGCAGCGUUUUUCCUGGUGCCUCUGGUCUGUGCUAUGCUGGUGGUGCUGCUGUGUGCCUUUUUGGUGCCUUGUCAGCAGGGGGAACUGGACAAACGGCUGCAGUGGGAGAAAGAGCUGGGUGAUCAUGUGGGAGGUGUUACCCCACCUCCUCUUGCACUGUGGGAUGUCGACAAUGACUCAGUUGAGGAUGUGCUAAUAGGAGUCACUCAAAAGAGCAACAAUACCCAUCUCUCCAGUUUUGUGGGGAACAACAGAGAGUACAGUGUGGUGGCCCUAUCUGCUUUCAGUGGUGAGGUGCUAUGGAGGAGGGUCCUCAGGGAACCUGUGGAGUCCAUCCAGUGUGGGCUGCAGUACGAAGCCCACCCAUCACCACUGCCAGCAGGGGGCGCUGCCCUCAGAGCCUUCCCCAACAGCGCUAUUUCCCUAUCUGGCCAGAGAGACAGGGCUAGCGGCCCCGUGUGUCUGCUCAUCAAGUCUGCACACCUCACCGCUGUCAACAGCACCACAGGGAAGAAGCUGUGGUCGGUAGCCCCAGGAGAGAUCCAGUCCCAGGCAGUCUCCCUGCCAGAUCUCCAAGGCGACACUGUUCCUGACUUGCUGAUUGCCACUUUACCUGCUGACCAGGUGUCUGACCUCUCACUGCUCCUGCUGUCUGGGCUGACUGGCGCUCUGCUUGGACAUCCCGUGACCUUUAACCUCACGACCUUUAAUGUCUCUGGCAAGCUGAUUGGUCCCCUGUUUCAUGAGACACAGCUGGGGGCAUACUACAUUCUGUUUGGACUAGGCACUGUAGAGGCUGUAUCCCUGGGAGAUAUUUACACUCAGGCUACUGGGAAAACACCCAUAUCCCCUGGCUUAAGACUGAAGGACCCCGGCUGGGAGAAGCUUAGGAAAACCAACUCCUCCUCCCUCAUACACAUCUCCAGUGGAACUGAACAGGUGGAGUUCUUGGUCCCCCUAGUGGCUGGCUUGUGUAACAACCACAACAGCCUGGACUCCAUCUCCAACCUCAACUCCAGCCGCAGUGACUGGGUGCUGGUGUGUGGCAAGCUCUCCAGCAAGCUGUCUGUGCUGCGAGAGAAGGACGCACACACCAAGUGGACUCUUACCUCCUCAGCCAUACACAGUCGUCCAGCACCAGGCCAAUUCAACGAUGAUGGAAUCCCAGAUCUCCUCAUACAGAAGUCUGGGGCCCCUACAAUGAGAAAAGUUCAGGUGGUUGAUGGAGCCAGUGGGCGUAGUCUAUGGGAGACAGAGUUUAUUUGUCCACGCCUUGACUUGGAAGGUACCUCAAUCAUGACAACAUCUGGUCAAUCAGCUUUCCUUUUCUGGGCUGGUGACCCUCUCAGACCACCGAAGAACCUCACCAAGACAACUGUGGCACCAGUGGCGGCUCCAGCCAUGCCAGUCAUCCGAAAGCUCUUCAUGCUGCAUCCUACAUAUCCCACAAUCCUGCUGGAGCUCGCCAGCACCACAGACACCAUACUUACUGCUGCAGUGAGUUACCAGGAGCCGCAGAAGGAUGCCUCCUACAUUACUGUUUCCUCCCGGCCUACCUCUGGCCUGGGGCCUGGGUCUCGGGUGGUGAAGAGCAUGAGCCUCAGAGCAGCAAUCACUGCUGGACAGAUUGUGAGGCUGGGAGAGAGCAGCACCGCCAGGGGACCAGUCAGACCUGGAGUAUUUGAGAUAAACAAAUUCUUCAGGCGUCUCACCUUCAAACAGCAUUAGAGAGGAGUUACCACUUGCUGGUUCUACAUGAUCAGAGGGAAACCACUGGCGGGACCAAACCUGUGGAAACACCAUGACACACACCAAGUGAAGGAGACUCAUGGAGAUUUAUCUCAAGCUGUUUACAUUUCCACUUUUGUCCAAAGUACGAUUUUAUUUUCCAUUAUUACUCAUCUCACUUGCUGAAAAAUAUUUAUUUUGCUGUAGUGUUAUUAUAUGUGUAUAUAUUAUGAGUUUAAUUAUGUAUUUAUGACCAGUCCUUUUUAUUGAAUAUUGAAUGUAAUAUAUCAAUUACUAUUUACCUUGUUUGGGGUGUAUGUAAAUAAGUACAUAGAGGAAACUUCUGGAGAUCAAGCACAAUGAUUUGAAAGAUAGGGGUGUAGGUGUAAGGUGUCCAUUGGCACAAUCGGCACCUCACUCGUUUAGUAUAUUUUUUAUCUACAGAAUGAGAGGCAAUUACCCAAUUUAUUCCUCCAAAUACAUUCAUUCCCCUCUCACAUGCACUUUUUGAAUUAGGCAAUUGAGGUCUGUGUUCAAACAGAAUUACCCAGUUAUGGAAAGGGGGUCUGUACAUAUUUUUGCUGUAGUGGAGAAUGGGGUAUGUUGAGCCAUUUUUUACAUUCAGCAUCACUACGUCAAGGGAAAUACAGUAUUAUUUCCAACAUUGAUAUCUACAUAUGUUUCAGGAUGUUGUGUAUCCCUGGAAAUAAUCAGAAUUAAUGUAAACAUUACUGGGUUUUUUAAACAGCUCGUAAAAAAAAAAAAAAGGUGAUUUAUUGGCACAAUUUACCCUGGGUAUGCAUAGGGACAGGGUAAAUUGAGCUGCCUUGGGGUGUCAUGUGUGAUGGUGUCCUGUGAUGGUGCUGGCAGGUCAAAGUUUAAUUCAUGGAAUGGGGGUGUGGUAUAUUGUAUAUCUGAAAUGUAUGCCAACAUUCAGAUAUAGAUCUCUCUAUUCACUAUCACUAACCCUUCCAUUUCUUGACCAGUUGUCAGGGACAGGGAUGUUGUUUCGAUGUGCCAAUUCAAAGGCAAGUUCUCUGCCUGAGGCUACUAAGCCCAUGAAACUGGUCUGUGAGAUUCUUGAUAUGUUUAGCAAGCUCAGACUCCAUGUCAUCAGAUAAGACCUUGUGUGCCUCUGCUACUUGUCACAUGAUUCAUUUUGUUGUAUGGUUUCCUAGAAACAAGGGGUGGCUCAACUAACCCAAUCGCUCAACUUACCCCACUCUCCCCUAAAGUAUUUAUUGAUAUGCUACUGAAAUGUUUACAUUUCUCUAAUCAAUAACUAUUGUAGUGAUGAUACAUUAUUGCUGAGGGCCAUGUAUGGUAACUGUGCAUUUUAUUGCUAUUGGUACUUGUAAAUAUUGCUGACAUACUGGAAAACAUUUACAGAUCACAGCAAUAAAUAAAUGUACUGCUGCAAUUCUUGCUGCUACAAAUGUAGUGUUUUGUACAGCUGUACUACGGAUUAAGCUCCGUUCACAAUAAAUUAUCAUAAAAACA